AAAACUUGGCAGAUUAGUAUCGCGAUCAUCGACGAGAGUUUGUUAUUUUUCGAAGACGAAGCUAUAGAUGCGAGUCAACGAUAUUGAGGCACGCGAGCGAAAUAACACUUUGACAAGUAGUACAAUUACGAUUAAUCUAAUUGUGAUCCGUGUAAUCUCAGUAAUCGCGUAAUUUCCUGUAAAAUUGCUCGUGGCAAUUAUGGUGUAUUGAUACGCGCUGAAUGAACGUCGCCAAACACUACGCUUAUCUCGGCCCGUUCUAGCAAAGAACACUCACGAAAUAACUUUCACAUAGCUUACCGUUAUUUGAGGAAUGUGUCGAUAUAUUUUAACCUUUGCAGCUUGCGGGCUUUGAGAAAGGGCACGGUGUUAAUGAUACAUCCGGCUUUUUCUUAAAACUCGCAUUAAACAAACUGGAAUGCGUGAAAGAGCUUAAAAUACCUGUCUCUUUUAAUUUUUUAGAAUAUUAAUUUAUAGAAUUUUCUAUCUUCUAUCUCGUUUUAUAUUAUUUAUUGCUAAUUUUGCAUGAGGAUAUGAUAUCGGAGAUAUGUUCGUUGCCAGUUAGCUCUGCAGAUUUAUUACAUAAAUGAGAAAAGAUAGCCGACAAGCUAUCCCUUAUAACUCGACAUUAUUAGUAAAAGACAUUUUAACUGCUGUAAAAAAUUGCAAUUUUUUUAGAGGAUUACUUAUACAUGACUUACAUCUGAAUAUAACUCAAAAUGUCAAAAAAGUGUAGUUACAUUAUUUUUAAUGGGGUGUUAUCAAAUUAUAAAUAUUUAUUCCAAAGCAAUUGAAUUACAGCAUGUCAAGUAUAAAAUUCGUUCAGGUAAUUCAAGUCCAAUAAUUUUCGCUUGUUUUCUAAAUGUGACAAUAAUAUAUGAUUAAGUACACUAUAUUGAUACGAUAUAGUGCAAAGUGUCUAUUGAUUUUAGAUAGAACAUUUGGCGUACUUGUGCUGUGUUUCUUACAGGCUAUCUUUUCUCAAAUUUUUAAGUGAAAAUCGGAAAGAUUACUAUACCAGGGCAGAGGAGGAUCAUUCGUGGUCAAGGUCACUCGACCGAGUACGAUGGCCCCUCUACUGACCUACUGACAGAUUUGGACAAGCGCCCGGUUUGUGGCUCAAAUGCGUUCACAAGCCAACUCAUGUGUCGCUGUUAUGCGUCCGUGCGUCUACCUUGACCGAUAUGUCCGUGUGUAUACACACAUAUGACCCAUGCACGAGCCGAUCGAAGACCGUUAUCGGCUCGCGGACAGUGCACGGCGCGGCGAGAGGCCAGUCAUCGUACUUGUCGUCGACACAUAUUUUAGGCCCCAGAUGACGGUUAUAACUGGUGAAUUUUGCUCUCACCCUUUCCCUUCUUCGAUACGCUUUUUCUCGACCCGCCACGUGUUCAUCGAUAGGAUUAAUCUUAGUUCCCGGCGUGUAUUCUUCAUCGGACUUUCUAACGUGCGUCUUUGAAACCGCUACUUUGACUUAACUACCUUGACUAACCUUUUUAUUUCAUAAAGAAUUAAUUUUCCGUACUGUUACAAUUUUUAGUAUUUUUUAUUGCAAGAUAUUUGUUUAUCAUAAGAAAUAUAUUAUAGAGAGAAUAAUAAAAAGACAUACGAGAGUCUGAUGGCAAGCGAUAAAGUGACAACGAUACUUGGGCACUACGGCACGAUAGGAAAUGUGAAUCGGAAGCGACACAUCGCGCAUUGCUACAGGAUAGGCAAUCGAUACACAGCGUGCACUCGUCCGCGGCAACUCGACCGUUACGUUCUUACGUUAUACGCGAACGAAAAAGUCGCAUUAAUGUAACGGACCAUCGUCCAUGUCACGGCGUUCGACUUGCGUAUCCGUAUCUACGUCGAACGUAUUUCCUGCACAUUGUACGAUUCAUAUGUGCUUGAUUCAUGCGCGCGUAUGACGUAGACAAUUCUGAGCGGUGUAUGUUAAAUACCGGAGGUGCUUCUCAGGAAGCCAGGUGCCACAAAUAAAGUUCGCGGAAAGCAAAGCCGCACGAACAAUUGUGAAGGUCUAACUUAAUAAAAUUUAAUAAAGCAGUUUUUUUUCUCAAUGAUGAAAUUAAAAUUGUUGUUGCGGAAGCCAAUCUUUAUAUAUGAUGAACGAUUGACCUCUGAUAAAAGAUAUCUAGAUAAAAUUUUAAUUUUGUGGAUGUCACAUAAAAAAUAAGAAAUACUAUGUUGUCAGAUUUUAAUACCGCUUGUGACUAUCAUACUAAGUAUUUGAACAGUUUUCAAUAAAUAAGAAUAAAUGGGAGAAAAUUCUAUUUUCAGAUGUCGAUUAUUGGUAUUUUAAUUUUUUAUUCUUCGAAAUUUCUCGACGUUUAUUGAAAACGAGUUGCGUGUUUAAUAUAUAUGUGUGCGUGCGUGUGCGUAUGGCUAUAGUUAUAUAAGAAAAAUAAAAUAGUAGCAUAAUUAAAUAUAGUUAAUGUGUCCUUUCCUCUCCUCAGUUGAAAUGCACAUUACAAUAUUCUAAAGAAUUUUGCUUUGACGCUUUGUUAACAGACCAAUUGAUAGAAGAUUGUAACAUUACAUUACAUUUGUUACGUAUUUCACAUGUUAAUAUAAAAAUAUUUGUAAAAAUGUAAGUUUUUGUCAUUAUUUCCAUGCGUUUGAAGAUAAAUCACCUUGUUCGCUUUUUCUCGGUUAAUUUCAAUACAUGAUAAACCGGACAUGAAUACCAAUACUUGCAAUACACGGAAAGAAUUUCUCUUUUUCUCUCUAUGAAUAGUAUAAUAAAAAUAAAAAUAUGGAGAAUGUUAUGCGACUUACGUUUUUAAGAAACGGUCAAACGAUUCCAUAGGUGUGUCACUGACUUGAAUGUGAAACUUAAACCAAAAGAAGUGACAUACUGGUAUGACCCUCUUUUUAAAGAAGAACACAUUUUUGCGUAAGAAAAUUGGGUCAAAAAAUUUUCAAUCUUGAAUUAUAAGUAUACUGCAAAAUCCCAGUAAAAAAGCAUAUAUUUCUAUGAAAUUAUAUUAUGAAUUUUCCAAGACGAAAGAAAUUUGCCCAUUUUACGAUCAAUUACUUCUUUGCAACUCAAAAUAUUCACAUAAAAGCUGUAUUUAAAUUUUAAAGAACGGUCUGUCACUGGCAUUGUCUCACAUAUGCCAAUUCCUAUAAAAAAAAUUGAAAUACUGUUUUAUUUCAUGUACCGUUUUCUACGGUCUCUUCGUGAUUUACGAUGCAAAGUUUGUUGGCUAUAAAGUCCUGAAAAAUUCGUUUUUGUUUGAUAUAAUAUCGAUAAUAUUUUACGUUCUCGUAAAGAUUCUUUUCACGUUAUGUUAUAACGGGUUCUUUCUAACCCAUUAGUAAAUAGCACUUUGAAACAUGGGGCAUGUAUACCGUGAUGUCAAAUGUGAAUGGUAAUCAUUUUGUAGUAAUCGAGUCAUCUGUCAGUUCUAUUAAGACGAAAGAAAGGCUGGCCGACAUGUCGAAACCUGAAAACAGGUAAACCAGUUUUUCGGAGGUCACAGAUAUUAUUCGGGAUCGGUAGACUUCCGAGAAAACAUAAGAGAAAUCGCUCGUAAAGGUGUGCAAUUGUGCUUGAACUCGUGACUAAUUCGAUUAGACUUGAACGAGUGAUCUUUGCUGACGUCAUAACCGAAGAUAGUUUCCAUAUGAAAAGUAGAUCAUGCAAAAAAGAUUUAGUAAAAAUCGCUGCUUCUUACACUUGACGAUUAAAUGAAUAUGAAAGAGUAAUCUUGCUUAAUCAAUCUAUAUUUAAUUUCCUUGCUGUCAUAAAAGACCGUACUUGCUACAAGACUUGCUUGUAGAAACCUUCAGGGUGCAUCGUAUCCUUCUUCUGAUAAGUUUUAUUUAGGAUGUGGACAGAUUCAUUAACAAUUUCUAAUUAUCCAGGAAAAAGUUUUAAUUUUUUUUUGUAUUGUGCAUUUAUCCUAUAUUUCUUUUAAAUAAUAGGAAGGACUAAUUCUAGAGCCAGAAGAGGGGGAGAGGAGAGGGGGGAGAGGAGGGAGAGAGGAGAGAGAGGUAUUCUAAAAAAAAAAUAGACUAAACCAAUUGGGAGUUCUCAGAGAUUAACUUAAGAUUUAUCUUGAUCAUUCCCUUAUAUAUAAUUUACCUCCACUCUCUUGUUCUCUUUUUUUUCUCUCCCCCUUCUCUUCGAUUAAAUUAAGAUCUAUUCAUGAACGAUCUCUUAGAAAAUCAUCUUCUGUGUCAUUGGGCGGCGUCCGGUCAGGCUCAUUGAACUCACUGAUCUGGACACUCGCCGAAAUACCGCCAAGUGAAAUCGUCCGUGUGAAGUGUGUGUUUUCAGUAAUUAUAGACCUAUGAUGAAUUCGAUUGAUUUGAAUGGAGCAAUUUCCCCCUCGACUAACAUAUUUGAUGAUUCUUCCUUAGGAGAAGGGUAGAUCCUAAAUCAAAUGGCGGGAACGAACGGACGAAUGAACGAACGUGGUGAGCGAGGAAGGCGGAAAGGAAUGGAUAGAGGGACGGACAGACGGAUGGCCGGGUAACCCAGAUCGGGUCAGUCGAGCCGAUCCUACGGAGACCGGCUGCCAGUAUGGUAUCGGACGUCGUACACGAUUCCGACUUUCUGGCCGCUUGAUUUUUUAGGCGCGUACUGUUUCCCGACCGUUUUUCAAUAUUAAAAGAAGUCAUCUACUUGCUGAGAUUGACGCCAAUCGUUUGGUCUAGAUGUGAGCAAGUUGCUGAUGUCAGAGAUAUACCGUGAAAGGAACGAAGCCGCUGGUCGAGAUGCAGUUCCUCUUUCGUAAUAACCAUAGCUAGCCAAUAAACAAGCGCUCGGUGCCUUUUGAUGGGUCGGACAAUGGCAAAAGGGAGAGCAGCCGCGAUAUUCUCAAUUGUGCUUCUGUCUAUCGCGCGCCUUCAUUCUGUCGUGGGGGUCAAGAUCCACGCGGAGGUUGCGUCCUUGAACGAGACCGCGCGCCACGAUUAUGACAUCGAGAAGAACGAGGUGCCACUUUCUCAUAAAUCUGAAAACAAAACCGACGAAUUCCUACGUGAUCAUCCGCACAAUAUGCAUGGAAAACCAACAAAGUUUGAUAUCGAGCUUCACGUGGACGAUAAAGCGGAUUAUCAGAUCGAACCGACGAGGAUGGCCAAUGUCACAGCUAAUCCAAUUGAAAUGAAUUCAACGAUCAGUCAGUCUCUGUCAAAUUUGACAGAAUGUAGAGGGAAGUUGACAGUCUCUUGUAUACGGAAGGACUUCUUGAAAUUUUUAGAUCAACUCUCAAGGGUUGACACGUACAAUGUAACAGAAUCCGUGCAAAUAAUAAGAAAACCUGAACCAAACGUCGCGUGCAACGAUCGAGAAAAAAAUGAUGAUUCGAAUUUGGAUCUUUUGGACAAGGUUCAUCGUUACGCCAGGACACAUAUGAUGAAGAUACGGUUGAAUAAGGACCUGAGUCUCGCCAGGAAAGCCAGGACGUUCUUCGGUUCCGUCUUUCAGGGAAAGAGUACCUUUUUAACAGGAUUCGGACUUGGUUUUCUAGCAUUUGGUCUGAAGAAACUGUUGCUACCCUUGUUCUUCGGCGUACAAAUAAUUAAGAGCGUGUUACUCGCUCUCUUCCUACCAAGUAUCAUCGGCAGCAUUGGUAAUAUCGUUGGAAAAGGUGUUUCCUCCUUUGCGCAAUCUUCGCAUGCCGCGCCCAUGGCGGCACCGGAAGAAAAUUUCGAGUUCAAGGAUAAUACUGAUCUUUACAACGAUGACUAUCUGACGCGACAACCGGUAGGCACGUUACCAGCAUCCGCCAUGUACGACGAGAGUAUGAUGCAGACGCAGAAAACUCCGGAUAUUGCGUCGCGCUAUGGAUUCGUUGAUUCGAGAAUAUCUCAUGCGAAUGCGCUUUCGGAUCGUUACUACACGCGACACGUGGCUGCACACGGACUUUCUAAGAAACAGGAUUUUAAGGUCUUCCACGAGAUCCCGACGAGCUCUUUGCUUUUGACGAACUACGACCCAUUCUACUCGCCCCUGCUGUCACGUCUGGAUGCCGUUUUCUCUCGUCUUGGACACAACACGGAAGGCUGCAGGGAGUACGCGGUGUGCGCGAUGUAUCGGAGUCCCGCGCGUUACGCGCCAUACUCGAACUUGGUCUCUGCCCAGCUGUCUAGGGAGCUGAACGAGCUGAGGAAACCCAGCAGCGACAAUCCCGACGUUCUACGUUUCUUCAGAUAUAUGAAAGCUGCGAAGGACGGCCAGGAUGGCGUCAAGUGCGAAGAGAUAUAUUCGAAUUGUGCGAACGCUCGCGAAGAUCAAAGCCUGAAGCAAAAUCAGGCAAUGCUCGCGACGUACCAAGAUAUUAAUAAGCUCGUUCAGGCCAGAAAGGUUUGAGAACGUCAUAACUUACUUUCGUUACUGCUGUUAAGUUAUAAUUGCAAACGCAAUAAAAAAAGAAGACACAUGGCAUCUCAUGUCGAAUGUGUGAGCUUUAGGAGCAGUGGCCUUAUAGUUCGCUGUUUGGGAGCACUAGUGCAAUCGCUAAAAAGAUUUAACGUUUGCUCUAAUGAUUGAACAUUUGUUCAUAGAUAUUGCGCAUAAUUAAAGUUUGUAGACGUUUUUAGUGGUGGAUUACUACGGUCGCACGCGAGGCGCUCGAGAGGCUUCAAGAUGCAAAACUACGAUUUUUCUUUCUCUCAAAAAUUUAAUUAACAUUUAGACAGAACUUUUAAAAUAAAAAUAAUAUUUAAAAGUUUUCAAAACGGCCUCAAUUUUAAAUUUUGGGAUAGCAUUUUAGAUGAGAGAAUCCGAAAUUGAUUUGCAUUUGAAGCUUCUGAGAAAGUCUUAAUCCGCCAUUAUUCGAAUCUGCAACUUCUGUAACAAGCUCUUGUACCAUACACAGUUUCCUAAAUUAUCGUUUGUAGCAAGUGUUGGCUCGAUGUCGAUAUUACAGCAACAUGUAAACCUGUGAAAUCUCAUAGCGAAUUCGGUUGAACGCAUCAGUGCGCACUGUUGCACAUUAAAGCCGUCGCAUACAAGUCAGCGUAAAGAUGCGUCUGUGUGUAUGUGUACGUGUGUGUAAUAUAAAUAUGUAAACGAGUUAAAUCGCGAAACCCUCAAUGUGCUGUAAAAUAUGUAUUCGGCAUUUUAUUAGUCGAGAUAUUUACAUCUCACUUCUAGAUUAGAUCAGUGUUUAACAACGGCUUUAUUACGCAUCAGUGCGCACUAAUGCGUCCAACCGAAUUCGUUAUCAGAACUUUUAUUGAUUUAUUUUUACGAAAACACAGAAUUAAGUUUAUAAUAAUUUAUACAUAUUUUUA